ACAUCAGCCCCUACCUUCCCACCUGGCGCGGGUGGGGGGCGUGGGGCCCCCCCUCCCCUGGAGGUCCCGGUGCAGAGGGAGGCGGGGGGGGGUUGGGGGGCUUACACGACAGCUGAGCCGCUUUCGGGACGCCGGAGCCCCCCAGCGCCGUCGGGGCAUCCCCCCUACCUCCCCUGCAAUGGGACCCAAGCGUCUGGGCCCCCUGCUCCGAGCGGUGGGGACAGUGGUGGCAGUGCCAUAGAGCCAGCGGGGGAGAAGCCAGCGGAACUCAGGUGCGGUGGGUGCCCCCCCGCCCCGGUGGCCACCAUGGGGACACCCCCCCGUGUGUGUCCGCCCUUCGUCCUGCUGCUCCUGCUGGCGGCGGAGAGGACGGUCCGGGCCACCUUCCCCGAAGAGCCCGGCCCCAUCGCGGUGGCCUCCGAGGACUACGUGAAGCACUACGCUGUGUUUGUGGGCCAUGGGAUGAGCCACCAAGCUGGUCCCGAGGGUGGGGGCACCCAGCGCCUCAACAUCCAGCGCAUCCUCAAGGUCAACAGGACCCUCUUCAUCGGGGACAGGGACAACGUUUACCGUGUGAGCCUGGAGCCCACGGGUGCUGGUGAGAUGCGUUACCACCGGAAGCUGACGUGGCGCUCAAACCAGCACGACAUCAGCAUCUCCGUGAGAAGGGAAACACGAGCAGAGUGCCGGAACUUCAUCAAGGUGCUGCUGGUGCGUAACGAGAGCCUGCUCUUUGUCUGUGGCACCAACGCCUUCAACCCCGUCUGUGCCAACUACAGCGUGAAUGACACCCUGGAGCCCAUCGGGGACAACAUCAGCGGCAUGGCCCGCUGUCCCUACGACCCCAAGCACGCCAACGUGGCCCUCUUCACAGGGGGGAUGCUCUUCACCGCCACCGUGACGGAUUUCCUGGCCAUCGACGCCGUCAUCUACCGCAGCCUGGGGGACAGCCCCACACUCCGCACUGUCAAACACGACUCCAAAUGGUUCAAAGAGCCCUACUUCGUGCACGCGGUGGAAUGGAGGAGCCACGUCUACUUCUUCUUCAGGGAAAUCGCCAUGGAGUUCAACUACCUGGAGAAGGUGGUGGUGUCACGUGUGGCCCGGGUCUGCAAGAACGAUAUGGGGGGCUCGCAGCGGGUGCUGGAGAAGCAGUGGACCUCCUUCCUCAAGGCCCGGCUCAACUGCUCCGUGCCGGGUGAUUCCCACUUCUACUUUAACGUCAUCCAAGCCGUGACGGACAUCUUGGAGCUGGAUGGGCGCCCUGUGGUGCUGGCUGUCUUCUCCACGCCUGCCAACAGCAUCCCUGGAUCAGCUGUCUGUGCCUUCGACAUGACCCAAGUGGCCGCUGUCUUCGAGGGACGUUUCCGGGAGCAGAAAUCACCUGAGUCCAUCUGGACCCCUGUGCCUGAGGACAUGGUGCCCAAGCCCCGGCCAGGGUGCUGUGCGUCCCCGGGGAUGCCCUACAACUCUUCCAGCACCUUCCCCGACGAGAUCCUCAGCUUCGUCAAGACCCACCCCCUGAUGGAUGAGGCGGUGCCAGCCCUGGGCCACGUCCCCUGGAUCCUCCGCACCAUGAGCCGGUACCAGCUCCGCAAGAUCGUGGUGGACAAUGCAGCGGGGCCAUGGGGCAACCAGACCGUGGUCUUCCUGGGUUCCAGCACUGGCACAGUCCUCAAGUUCCUCAUCCAGCCCAAUGCCAGCUCCAGCCCCACGCCUGCCCCCCCUGGCAGCCAGAGCAUCUUCCUGGAGGAGUUUGAGACUUACCAGCCUGGGAGGUGUGGCCGGGACACAGAGGACGAGCGGCGGCUCCUGGGGCUGGAGCUGGACAAGGCAGCGGGGUCCCUGCUGUUGGCCUUCCCCCCCUGCGUGGCCAGGGUGCCAGUGGCUCGUUGCCAGCAGCACUCAGCCUGCAUGAAGAAUUGCCUGGGGAGCCGGGAUCCCUACUGUGGCUGGACACCCGAGGGCUCCUGUGUCUUCCUGGAGCCCAACCCCAGGGUGGCCUUCGAGCAGGACAUCACUGGUGGCAGCACAUCCCACCUGGGCGAGUGUGAGGGGUUGGUGACCGAGAGCUUUGUGGACGAGCCGGACGGGUUGGUCUCAGUGAACCUCUUGGUGAUCUCCUCGGUCGCUGCCUUCGUCAUCGGCGCCGUCAUCUCCGGCUUCAGUGUCUGUUGGUUCAUCGGCCACCGGGACCGCAAGGAGCUGGCGAGGCGCAAGGACAAGGACACCAUCCUGGGCCACGGCGAGGGGGUGGUGAGCGUCAGCCGGCUGGGCGAGCGGCGGGCACGGGGCCGCCAGCCCGGCACCUUGCUGGCCCCGCUGAUGCCCAACGGUUGGCCCAAAGAGCUGGGGAAGGUGACCACCACCCAUCACCACCACGACCUGGAUUCGGGGGUCUUGCCCACCCCGGAGCAAACCCCUUUGCAACAAAAACGUUGUCCCGGUCCCCUCCAAAACUGCACUUGGGAACAAAGUCACAACAUCAUCAACGCUGCUUUGAGGGACCCCGGUGGCUCCGGCACCGCUGGUGGCACCGGACGGGUGCACCCGACGCGUGGCAUCACCCCCCUCUCCUGCCACCCCAUCUUGGUGGACCAGGAACUGGAAGCUGAACUCAGCGACUCUUCGGGGGACUGGGGAGGUCGGGACCCCCAAGAGGGUUCCCGUAGCCGACAGCACCCCCCACCCACCAGCACCCACCGCCCCCCCCGCAGCUCUUACGGUGACUUCACCGGGACCCCCCGCCCCAGCCCCGAACGCCGACGGGUGGUCUCGGCACCUGGCGGGGAAGGGGGGGGAGACUUUAACCAAGGGCCCCCCCCUUGGCACCCUGAACAACUGAACUUCAACGCCAACAACGGCACGGGCCGCCCCGGCGCCCACCUCAAGAGGAACCACACGUUCAAUAGCGGCGAGGGGGUGGGGGUUUACGGGGGGCACAGUACCACCCCCCGGACCCCCACUACCACUGGGCCCCCCCCCCCGGCACUGACGGACCUGCACCACCUCCUGCACUAUGGUGUGGAGCGGACUCCCUCGGGAAAAUAGGGUCCCACCUGGUGUCACCUCCCCCCCCCCCCAUCUAAGGACACCCUGGGGUCCCCCCCAGCUCCUUGGGGAUGGUGAGGGGAUAUGGGGGGAGAUGUGGGGUGAGAUGCUUGCAUGGGUUGGGGGAGGGGACACACACAAACCUGAGAAGGUUUGGGUGUGUCGGGGGGGGCGUGGGGCAGUGCCCUGAUGCUUUGCUCUCCCCGGGGGAGGGGAGAUCCCAUCCAUCCCCUGCCACCCCCCCAGGCUGGACCCAGGGCCCACAGCCCCCUGGGGGGGAUCGCUGGGGAGCAGCAAGACAGACACAGAGCAGGGCUGUGCCCCGCAGCCCCAUCAGCUGCACCCAAGGUGUGGGGGGGCUUGUGGGUGCUGCAAGCACCCUAAGGACCCCCAGCUUCAGGGGGGAGGGUCCACUGGUUGCAGUGUCAGGACACAGUUGGGGUGCAGUGGGAGUGGGGAGGCCCCAAAAUGUGUGUGUUACCUGGGGGUGGGGCACACUCACACCCCUCCGGGGUCACCCUCUGCCCAGUGCCAGCUGGGUGGGGGGGCUCAUCCAACCCUGACCCCGGCAGCCCCCCCUGCCCUGCAAAGCACAGCAGGGUGGGGGGACACUGCUGGGGCUGGGAGGGGUCCCCAAUCACCCCACUCUCUGCUGGCAAAGGGUGCCCUUGCGGUGCCACCCCUGCCCUGGGAUGGGGGGGGGUGGCGGGUCCCCGGGGGGGGUGGCAGGUCCCCGGGGUGGGGUGGCAGGCUGUAAAUAGGGUGGGGGUCUGCGGGUGCCCCUUCCCCCUGUGGCCAUGCAUGCGGCCGCCCGCGGUCUGUACCCCAAUAAACACCCGUGUACCAGAGGCAAA